CACACAGACUGCUUUUCUCAGGCUCGGCUGUUUGUAUGACAGUAAUGUCAGCGAGCUACCGAGUGUUGUAGCUUUGAACAUUCUCUGAAGAAGCGGUCUGCGUUUUGAAUAUAUUAAAGAUUAUCACAUCAUAAACUAGACAUUUUUUUAUUUGUCUUUAUCGUUCACAUCUGACAGCCAUGGGUGGACUGGGGAAUGGUCGCCGUGGGGGAAGAGCCCCUCCUUUGAUGGUGGCCGCCCUAAUUGCCUGUAUUUUGGUUUUGGGCUUUAACUACUGGGUGUCCAGUUCUCGCAACCUGGAGCUACAGACCAAGCUAUAUGAGCUGGAAGGCCAGGUGCGACGUGGAGCGAAUGAGCGAGGCGUAGUGGAGAUGAAGAAGAACGAGUUUCAGGAGCAGGUCCAGAAACAGAUGCAGCAGAUCAGUCACAUUGAAAGCCUUCACAAUAAAGAACUUGAUGAUAUCCAGAACACCUACACCCAAGAGAAGGCCAAACUACAGCAAAAUAUAUCCUCCAGCACCAAAACUAUCGAGGAACUUAAAGGUCAGCUGAAUCAGCUAAAUGAUGACUUGGGGAAGCUUCAGAAAGAGCUGCAGAGUUGCCAAGCCAACACAAGCACCCUCAACAAUAAAUUCACCGUUGACAUGGCCCACUGUCAGUCCCAGGUCCUGUCCCAAAAGAUGCUCUGUGAUGAGAAAGUGGCUGCUGUUAAACUGGAAGCUCAGAAGAAUAUGCAGGAAGAGGUCUCGCCUCCAGGUGAUCCCGGACAGCAGAAAAACUCCGAUUUCGGAGCAUUGAAAGAAGACCCGACAUUGAAGGCUGUUCCCAGUGAGGCUGGACCAAUGGCUGUAGUGAGCCAGAUUUCAACCAUCUCUCAGGGCAAAGGAAAUAAAGCUCCUGAGCUGCUCCUCACCAACGAUAUCGAUAUUUACAAAGAAUCGCCAGAAAAGCGUCCUGCAGAUGGACUUUCUAAAGUCCAGAAUGUUCUAUCAACUGCUUCAGGGACUCAAAGUAAACUGCAGCAAAAAAAGAGAGAGGGUAAAACAGAAAAGGCAGAGGAAACGACCGGUAAAGGUUUAACAAACAAUCUGAUGAAUGAUAAAGAAAUAGAGGUGAUGGACAUUCACGAGGAAGGUGCUCAGACUGAAGAAUCAGAUCCUGGGAUGGAGGACAUGCUGAUUGGUCAAGGAAAGACAGAUGAGACGGCUAAUGGUCAGAGACUUGAGGAACCAGACGAAUAUGACGCAGACGAGCAAGUAGUUGGCGGAGUUGAUCUGGAGAAAGAACAGAGAAAUAAAAACAUGGAGGAGGAAAUGGCUGACUACAAUGGAGACGAUGAGAACGAAGGAGAGUUUGAAGCCGACAAACAAGCGGCACUUGCUCAGAUCUAAGAGACAAAACUGAAGAAUCCUGCAGAUGUCUCAUUCAGAGAACAGAAGAUGUGCACCGCAGCUCAAUGCAGCAACCAAGCAAACUCAGCAAAAACCGAACCAAGUCGCAGAGCUUUCUUGGUUCCAUUUGGGCGAUCAGUUUACCUGUUUUUGUUUUCUCCUUUGAACAUCCGUCAUGUGCCAUUUCCAUUUUUGUUAUUUCAACAACUCUUCAGUCAUUUUAGUGAAUGUCAAACGUAACUGAAGAUAGCUCAAGACUUGAUACCAUUUGGGUCACGUCAACGUAGAUUAAAAUGAGAAGAUUCUGAUGACUUGUUAUGGUCACUCGAUAGCAGCUAUGAACUCGGAUGUCAACGUAACCCUGUUGGGUUUCAGGGGUGUGAAAUACUGGGAUGAGCUUCAACAUCUGUGAGGUUGCUGUGACACACAUCAGCCAGCAGAGGGCUCUGCAUUACAGCUCUCGUUAUAGCAUCUUUAACAAGGCUUCGACUUUCUCCUGGAUAAUUCCUCUUAGAACAUUUCUUUUGUAUUUGAAUUCACUUCAAGUCCAUAUUCCUGGAUCUCCUACCCUGUCACCUAAUUUUCCUUUAACAGAUGGAAAAGUCCGUUCCUGUUUAUUUAAAAAUAGAGCCCUUUUAUAGAUGAUUCAGAUGUUUUGUUUGAAACAUAUUUUUAUUGCAAGGUAUUUAUAUUUUAUAUUCAAUCAUCAAUUCUACACUAUUGUAGAAAUUUUCAAGCAUUUCCUUCUGAGUUGUGUUUUAUUCUGCAAAACAUCAAAUGGAUCAUUAUUUGCAGCUUUGUGCAUCUAAUAGAAAAAGGUGGGAAAACUGUAACAAGUAUGCUGGAAAGGCUUAUGUGUAAAUCCGAGAUGCUGCUGCUCCUGGACUUAUCUGCUUUUUUUUUUUUUUUUUGACUAGUUUUGUGUCAACAUCUAAAGCUGCUGAUUCUGUUGGAGGUUGAAUGUUUCAAUUUGUUGGCGAAUUCGCUUGGCGCACCCACAUUCUGCUGCAUCCUCCGUGUUUGUAGCCGGCAGGGACGUCUAAGAACUGCUGUAACGUAACUGUAAACAUUUACACAAAGCAGCAACAUUGUGUUGGGCUUUGUGGCUUCUUGAAGCCAGUAGACAUUAACUCCAACUCUGAGACGAGUUUGUGCAUUUCAGAGUGAAGUUAUACUGAGAUGGAAACUGGGUAAGUGCAAAUAUAAACUAGUUGUAGGCACCAAAAGUAACAAAAAGUCAAUUAAAAUGUAUUGUAGGAAAAUCGGGUUGCCUUGUGAUUUAUGCAGGACAAGAUAUAUAUUUAACAGAUGUCUCCGUAAUGUAGUUGUGAUGAAAUACAUUUUUAUUUUCAUGCUUUAUCAGUUGCCUGUUCCAAGACUACAAUAAUCUUGUAGUUAGAAGUUAUCUUACUAGAAUGCUCUUUGCAUAUCUAAAUAAUUUCAUUGCUGUAGGUUGUGGCUGUUGUACUAAACGUUUAGAUGUUAUGCAGCUGACGGACUGAAAGACUACAAACAAUGGGAGAUCGUUACAUAGUGAAAUAAAGAAAAACAUACGUAAAUAAAACUUUUUCUGUUAUCAAAACCUUUGCAUCAUUAAUAAACUGGUAGGAACUAAUUCAUGUCCAGAUUUUACUAUUUGUUUUUUGUGGCUUCAUAAUAUAAUCUGCCUCUUAAUACAAAACCCAAUCAUAUGUUGAAGAGGUGUUGAUAUUUUUUUAAGCGGCUUUGUUUAUUUUCCUAAUCCAAAUGAGAAAAUUGUCACAUUUUGAAGGAAGAUAUCAACCAGUUUGAGGUGGAGGCAGAUUCAAAGUGAUGUACCCGCUUAAUAAACAAUGAGCCUGUAAUGUUUGUGUUUGAUGGAGAACUGCCAAUGAAACUCCUUCAGUACCAGAUCACCUCUUCUGAUUUCUUUUGCAUUUUUUAGUAUUCUCUGUUACUGUAAGGUGCAGAAAGUUUAAUUGUGAUGUCCAAAUGCUUUAUCUGGCCAUUGGUGUAAAAUGCAAACAUGCUGACCUAAAGAGAAAAUGUUUUCAGUUUACUUUUGAAUGUCUUUGUUUUGGUUGAUUUGAUUCUUUAUAAUGUAACAUUAUUUUUAAAAUGAAAGAUUUAAAUAAUCAUGUCCUUUAUUGAUAGUACAGAUGAAUAAAAAUGUUUUUUUUAUUAAUUAUAUUUUU